AAACAGCAGAGCCAUUUGCUUAGCAUCACUCAGAGAGGGGGAGGUGCUUUAAAAGAGAGGAGAGAGAGGUAUAGUUAGUGUGUCCUUGUCUUCCCCCAGCAACCAGAGGGAAAAAGAGGGUUAGAGCAAAGAAGCCCUUCAUCUGAAACGUAUUAAACUUCUGGAAAGGAACUGUCCCACAGCCUGACAGGCGUUCUGGCUGCUCUGACCUCACAGAAACACAGAGUAGCUAGUUUUUACUGACAGCAGAAAGAGACAGACCAAGAGAGAGACCAAGAGAGAGAGGGCAUCUAGAAGCAGCUCUCUGAGGACGGAUUCCCUGUUCUGGCCUAACGUCAAAGUUUUUGCAGCCUGAGGGAAGAGCCGCGUCUCUCCCAGCUUCACCAGGAGCCAGAGCGGUAUCUCUACAAAAUAGCGAAUACCCGAGCCAGAGCUACAGAGCGGAGCUACAGAGCGGAGCUACAGAGCAGAGCUACAGAGCAGAGCUACCGCAACAUACCGUGGACAUCGCUGCCAUACAGUAACAAUCAGGACUGUCCUCUUAAAAGAAAAGAAGAGCCAGGUUGACCUAAACGCAGGAAACACCUAACAACGCCACCAGGAUCACCUCAGGAAAAAACACAGGGACAGACACACGCAGCACACCUCCUCCCACACACACAACCCCCCCCACUCGGACAACUCCAGGGACUCCAGAGCUACCUCACCUUCCUCCUUUCAGACAAGCUCCCCUUAGAAGGACAACGGUCGUCGAGUCAGCCAAACGAGUGGCCAAUCAGGAUGUCUCGCUGGGGCCGUAAGAACGUGAAGAAGGCUCCAGAAGUGAUCCGCACGGUGACGGAGGGGCUGAAGUCUCUGUAUCGGCAGAAGCUCCUCCCCCUGGAGCAGUACUACGGUUUCCAUGACUUCCACUCCCCCUCCUUGGAAGAUGCAGAUUUUGACAACAAGCCCAUGGUUCUGGUAGUGGGCCAGUACUCCACUGGGAAGACCACCUUUAUUAAAUAUCUGUUAGAACAAGAAAUCCCUGGCAGCAGAAUUGGACCAGAACCCACCACUGACUGCUUCACGGCCAUCAUGCACGGGGAGGUGGAGGGCGUGAUUCCUGGCAACGCGCUCAUCGUGGAUCCCAAAAAACCCUUCCGGAAGCUCAACCCCUUCGGCAACACCUUCCUCAACAGGUUCCAGUGUGCUCAGAUGCCCAAUCAGGUCCUGGAGAGCAUCAGCAUCAUCGACACCCCAGGGAUCCUGUCGGGAGCCAAGCAGAGGGUGAGCCGAGGUGAGAAGAGCAUGGCUCGGAAGUGGACGGGGCAAGGCUAUGACUUCCCAGCGGUGCUUCGUUGGUUUGCGGAGCGCGUUGACCGCAUCAUCCUCCUGUUCGACGCCCACAAGCUGGAGAUCAGCGACGAGUUCUCCGAGGCCAUCGGUGCGCUGCGCGGCAAUGAGGACAAGCUGCGGGUGGUGCUGAACAAGGCAGACAUGGUCGGGACACAACAGCUGAUGAGGAUCUAUGGGGCUCUGAUGUGGUCGCUGGGCAAGGUGUUCAACACACCAGAGGUGGUGAGGGUUUACAUCGGGUCAUUCUGGUCUGAGCCGCUGCUGGUCCCAGACAACCGCCAUCUGUUUGAGCUUGAGGAGGAGGAUCUGUUCAACGACAUCCAGAACCUUCCGCACAACGCCGCCCUGAGGAAACUCAACGACCUCGUGAAGAGGGCACGACUGGUCAGGGUGCAUGCCCAUAUCAUCAGCUACUUGAAGAAGGAGAUGCCCACCUUCAGGAAGGACAACAAGAAGAAGAACCUGAUCUACCAACUUCCUGUCAUCUUCUCCAAGAUCCAGCUGCAGCACAACAUCUCUGCAGGGGACUUCCCUGACUGUGCCAAGAUGCAGGAGCAGCUGUUAGUCCAUGACUUCACUAAGUUCAAGUCCAUGAAGCCGUCCCUGAUGGCCGCUCUGGACGAACUUCUGGCAUCCGACAUCGCAAAGCUGAUGCCCCUGCUGCGCCAGGAGGAGAUAGAGGCGGGGGUACAGCCGGGGGUGCAGGGUGGGGCCUUCCUGGGGACCCGAGCCGGGCCCUUCGUGGAGAACGACCCCUUUGGAGAGGAGGAAAUGGAAGGUGAGGAGGGUGAGGAGGCGGGCGAGAUGGCCUGGGUGGUGACCAAGGACAAGCCCAAAUACGACGAGAUCUUCUACAACCUGGCGCCCAACGAGGGCAAGCUGAGCGGCACCAAGGCCAAGGACUGGAUGGUGAGCACCCGGCUGCCCAACUCCGUCCUGGGGAGGAUCUGGAAGCUGUCGGAUGUGGACCGAGAUGGCAUGUUGGAUGACGAGGAGUUUGCCUUGGCCAGCCACCUGAUCGAGGUGAAGCUAGAGGGGCAUGGUCUCCCCCCAGAGCUGCCAGCCCGUCUGGUGCCCCCCUCCAAGCGCAGGCAGAAAGGAUCUGAUAUCUAGGAGACUAUUACAACACACCACAUGCACCGCUACUGCCCCCCCCCCACAUCUUCUCCCUGUUCCUCUUUGUCCAUUAUUUUGUAACCUUAAUCCCUACAUUGUCCACUCUAAAGUUGUCUCCUCAUCCCUUGACUUGUCUCUCUAUGUUCUUUCUAACUUCCUGUUUACUCCCAAUUGCCUCUUAAUAGUCUGCUGUGGCUUCCUUUUGCCCUUUCCUUGUCCUGUCCUGUUUCCUUUAUUAAUUCGUAAAGGACAACAUUUUCUGGUGCUCUUUCAUGUUAUUUGUAUUACAGGACAGUACAGGGGAGUAGAGGGACAGUGAACUGGUUAACUGGAGAGCAGAGUUGGGACCCCUGUGUCCAGGGGUUCAUGUGAAGUGUCCUCAUGUGACCAAUGUGUCUUCAAAUGAAUCGAGGAGAGGAAGCCACUUGCUUUUUAUUGAGAUGCACCCCAUGUUUGACUUCAUCUAUCUAAAUGUGUUUUGCUGAUGUGAAAAUAGGCCUACUCUGCUCUACUUUAUUCUACUACAGUAAUUUACUCUAGUAUACUCUGCUCUCUCCCAACAAACAAAAAGUAUUUACCGCGCAUUGUCAUAUUUUUAUAUUUGAUAUGCUUACGCCGACGUUGUUAUUCUAGAAAUUACUUGACAUUAUAAACCUUCGCUCUCCCACAACUUUCCAAUUAUUGCAUGAGUCUGACCACAAUGGCUGACAGUGUUCAGUACACACCUAUCUGAUCAUGCAGUGUUGACUACCUCCUGCAUAUCAUCUGCCUUGCAGAUAUUUAGCAGGGAGUGUCUGGAAAAGAAGACAGCACAAAACAAACACUAAUAUGCUAAAGUAGCUACGCCACACUCGUGUAUUUAAUAGACAGCUGUUGCCAUUAGCUUCUUAGCGGUAUGAAGCUGGUUUAUCUCUGUCUUCAGCAGACUGGCCCAACGACUAACAUUGCGGCACACUGAGAGCUGCAGCUUCACCUUCUCCCAUGGCAAUAAAAAAAAAAUAUUCUUUUAUUUACCCUUUUGUAAGCAUUGCUGUUGAUUUUGUAUGAACUGAACAAAGAAUUGCGUUUGUUUGAAAUGAAUGUCACAUGCUGUGAGAAAAACAUAGUCAACAAAAACAGGUUAAUUGGUUUUUAUGAUAUAUCUUACUGACUACUGUGUCCUCAAACAGCUAGCUUCACCUACUCGGCUGACAAAUGUUGUGCUAUUGUCAUUUCGUAAUAAACUGUCUGGACUGUG